ACCCCGAAUCAGCCUCCGCGUGAUGGCGGUAUGAGGCAGUCCCUGCGAGCGAGAGCGUGGGAGUUCCUGUCUUCGCCAUGUCGGGGUGGUGCUGCAACGCGCUGAGGAUACCCUGAACCGACCGAGCAGAAGUCUCCCAGCCCCCCUCCUACUGCUCCCUCCAUCCAUCCAUUCAUCCAUCUAUCUGUCUACCCAUCCGCCCCCACACGGCACCAGGCAGAGUCCAGCAUCUCUUCAGCAUCGCCGUUCGCCUGGAUCGACUGCGACAUAUCUUCUUUCCCCCUGACCGGCGGUGGACGGAGGAGAGACGCACCAAGUGAUGCGGCUUCUGCAGCCCGCGCAUCCCGCAGCACCGAAGACCGCACGCUCACCCGUCAGGAGUAAGCGCACUUUCCCCGUGAUCUGCAACAGCCCAUGAGAAUGUCCAGCGCAGACAUCAUGGGUUUAAACCCUACCGACCGCGUAAUCAAAUCGGUGCCGUUCCCACUGAGCCACAGGUUGAGCAUGCGAGAGGUGUUUGACUGUGAGGGCAAACCGCGUGUGGACCUGCUGAAGGCUCAUCUCACUAAAGAGGGCCGCGUUGAGGAGCCCGUCGCCCUACGCAUCGUCAAUGAAGGGGCCGCUAUCCUGCGCCAAGAGAAGACCAUGCUGGACAUCGAGGCUCCUGUCACAGUGUGUGGUGAUAUUCAUGGCCAGUUCUUUGACCUGAUGAAGUUAUUUGAGGUUGGCGGGUCUCCUGCGACAACAAGGUACCUGUUUCUAGGAGACUAUGUGGACCGAGGGUACUUCAGUAUUGAGUGUGUGCUUUACCUCUGGUCGCUGAAAAUCCUGUACCCAAAGACGCUGUUUCUGCUGCGGGGAAACCAUGAAUGUAGACAUUUGACUGAAUAUUUCACUUUCAAACAAGAAUGUAAAAUCAAAUACUCGGAGCAGGUGUACGAUGCAUGCAUGGAUGCGUUCGACUGUCUGCCUCUGGCCGCUCUGAUGAAUCAGCAGUUUCUGUGUGUUCAUGGUGGUCUGUCUCCCGAGAUCCACACGCUAGACGACAUCAAGAGGCUGGACAGGUUCAAGGAGCCUCCGGCGUUCGGCCCCAUGUGUGAUCUGCUGUGGUCAGACCCGCUGGAGGACUUUGGCAACGAAAAGAGCCAAGAUUAUUUCAGCCACAACACUGUCCGCGGAUGCUCCUACUUUUACAGUUAUCCUGCAGUGUGUGAGUUUUUACAGACCAACAACUUGCUGUCGGUCAUCAGAGCACAUGAGGCGCAGGACGCGGGUUACCGCAUGUACAGGAAGAGUCAGACUACAGGUUUCCCUUCUCUCAUCACCAUCUUCUCGGCUCCAAACUACUUGGACGUUUACAACAACAAAGCGGCUGUGCUUAAAUAUGAAAACAACGUAAUGAACAUCCGACAGUUCAACUGCUCGCCUCACCCGUACUGGCUUCCCAACUUCAUGGACGUCUUCACCUGGUCUCUUCCAUUUGUUGGAGAGAAAGUGACAGAGAUGUUGGUGAAUGUCCUCAGCAUCUGCUCUGACGAUGAGCUUAUGAACGACGGAGAUGAGAUCUUUGAUGCUAAUGCUGCGGCCGCCCGUAAAGAGGUCAUCAGAAACAAGAUCCGUGCCAUCGGCAAAAUGGCCAAAAUGUUCUCAGUCCUACGAGAGGAAAGUGAGAAUGUGUUGACCCUGAAAGGUCUGACCCCGACCGGGAUGCUACCAAGUGGCGUUCUGUCUGGAGGAAAACAGACCUUGCAGAGCGCUACCAUCGAGGCCAUUGAAGCUGUCGAGGAGGUUAAGGAUGGAGAAGCCAUCCGUGGCUUCUCUCCACAGCACAAGAUCACCAGUUUCGAGGAAGCGAAGGGUCUGGACCGCAUAAACGAGCGCAUGCCUCCUCGCCGGGACGUGGUCAACAGCGUGGGCCUGUCGAUGGGCAAGAUGAACAUGGCCGAAUCAAACGGCACGGAUGACAACAGCAAUAUCCAGUGAUCGAUUCCCUCCCCAUAUCCCUUCGCUCGCCCCAUUGCUCCUUCUCCAAAUCAUGCAUUUCUCCCCUCUAUCCCCUCAUUUUCACUGCUACCGUCUAUGUAGCAGAUGGAUUAUGUGAUAUAUUUUAGACCGAACUCCCUGCUUGACGUUCAGCGGCCUCAACAACACCCAAGAAGGCCACGCGGGAAGGAGAUCAUGCUCGACUUUUGCAUGACGGGACGUGUAGUUUUACGGAUAUGGGGCUAUGUACACGGAGAAGAGGGCAUUUCCUGUUCCUUUGUCAGAAGAGAUGUUUAUUUAUGCGUGUUUGCACUUCCGCGUGCGUGUCUGUGUGUGUGCGUGUGCGCGUAUGUGAUAUAUAAUUAUAUGACGAUAAGUAGGUUUUCACAAAUGCUUAUUUCGUUUAAUUUUUUGGUUCGUUUGUUUUUUGGCCUGCUGUGGAACGUGAAACACAAAGCUGACGCUCUAUUUAUUUAAAAAAAAAAAAAGCGUAAGAGAAGCGUAUGUUUGCAUUUGUUUGUGCGCGAGGAGCUUAUAAUCGUUACUUUUACACUUCUAUGUUUUGCUACUAGUAAUCACUACUAUAUCUACGGAAUAAUUAAUAACUACACGAAAUAACUUAACCCAGGAGAGAUUUGGAGUCGGCGCGAAGCCCCUCAUGCUGUGUGCUUGUUGUACGAAUCUAACGUUGUCAAUUCGUGACUCUACAGCGCCCCCUGUGGUGAUCCAAGAGAAGCGUUCAGUCAGCUGUAUGUGUGCGCAUGUGUGAAUGUGAGAGAAACAGUCAGGUGAUUUGAUCUGAGGGGUAGCGUCGGGCCGUGGUGGGUGGUUUCAAACAGGUACUUGUGCACUAGUAAGAACGGAUUUCCGGCUGCGCAUAAUUCAUGGGAGUUUAUUUUGUAUAUAAAUGGCGUAUAUUUUUAAGGAACGUUUUUGUUAUCGCUUAUUUUCACGUUCUUUUUAUUUUGUAUUAAAGCUAUUAAUUUAUUGUUUGUUCGUUUUAUUUUAUUUCGUUCGUUUACAUCGCUGUACAGUUAAUUAAGCUCCAAUGAGGUGUUUGUUUAUCGAUGUACAGAAGUUAUCCAGUAGUGUGAAGGAACAUAUAAUUCUGUGAAAAAGACAUCCGGGCUGCCUAAAGCAUGACUGCAUGGUUAUUUCAAAUGUAAAAAUACGAAUAUGGACACACCUUAACGUGUCUCACAUUUUUAAGGAGAAGUAUAUAUUCCGAUCAUUAUUCUAAACAAUAUUCUGGUUAUUUAUGAUUAUGAUUAUUCUUAUGAUUAUUAUUAAGAGUUCUGCUGGUUUAUUCCACACUUUGCCUCAUUCUCGUUUCGGUUGCUCAUUGUGCUUUACUUUAUGAAUAAUGGAAAAACGUUCAUGAGUUAUUUGUGAUUCUAUAUCUUGUAUUUUUCUCUGGAGCUUCAUUCUGAGCAUCAUGAUUUCCUGACCUACAGUACGGACAGUGUGAGCAUGCCCUAUGGGACAAAUCUCUUUUUUUACUCUUGAAUAAAAUAUGCAUGAACCUUU